AUGUCGUUCCUCGACAAUGCAUACAGUUUGGUGAAGGACAGUGCCACAGAGGGUACGCCCACCGUGUCCGAGCUCAAGACGCAGCUCGAGAAAGGCACCGAUGAUACCAAGGUCGACACCAUGAAGCGCAUCCUCACCAUCAUGCUCAAUGGUGACCCGAUGCCCCAAUUGCUCAUGCACAUCAUCCGAUUUGUUAUGCCGUCCAAAUCCAAGCCGUUAAAAAAGCUCCUUUACUUUUACUACGAGAUCUGCCCGAAGCUCGACGCUCAGGGGAAGCUGAAGCAAGAGUUUAUUCUAGUAUGUAACGGGAUCCGUAACGACCUGCAACAUCCGAACGAGUUUAUCCGCUGCAACACGUUGCGCUUCCUCUGCAAGCUACGGGAGCCCGAGCUCCUCGAGCCCCUCCUCUCUUCCGCGCGGUCGUGUCUGGAGCACCGCCAUGCUUACGUCCGGAAGAACGCGGUUUUCGCUGUGUCCUCUAUUUACCAGCACUCUCCGUCUCUGAUCCCCGACGCCCCAGAGCUGAUCGCCACAUUCCUCGAGGGGGAGAACGACCCGACAUGCAAAAGGAAUGGCUUCGCUGCAUUGUCUAGCAUCAGCCACGACAAGGCGUUGGCCUACCUGAGCACAGUUUUCGACGGCAUUCCGAACGCAGACGAACUUCUGCAGCUGGUUGAGCUCGAGUUCAUCCGGAAAGAUGCUGUCCAGAACUCGCAGAACAAAGCACGCUACCUGCGCCUCAUCUUCGAUCUCCUCGAGGCAAACACAUCUACGGUCAUCUACGAGGCAGCCUCUUCGCUCACUGCGCUUACCAACAACCCAGUGGCUGUCAAGGCCGCUGCUGGCAAAUUUAUCGAACUUGCGAUCAAGGAGGCCGACAACAAUGUCAAGCUGAUUGUGCUCGACCGUGUGGACCAGAUCCGCCAGAAGAACGAGGGCAUCUUGGACGACCACAUUAUGGAGAUUCUGCGUGUCCUCUCCAGCCCCGAUAUUGAUGUUCGCAAAAAGGCGUUGGAGCUUGCCCUGGAGAUGGUUUCGAGCAAGAAUGUCGAGGAGGUCGUACUGCUGCUCAAGAAGGAACUGUCCAAAACGGUCGAUCAAGAGUACGAGAAGAACAGCGAAUACCGCCAGCUACUCAUCCACUCGAUCCAUCAAUGCGCCGUUAAGUUUUCCGAGGUUGCUGCCAGUGUGGUUGAGCUCCUGAUGGACUUCAUCGGCGACUUCAACAACACAUCAGCCGUCGAUGUUAUCAACUUCGUUAAGGAGGUCGUCGAAAAGUUCCCUGCGUUACGGCCCGCCAUUACCCAGAGGCUGGUCGAUACCUUACGUGAGGUCCGAGCCGGCAAGGUUUACCGGGGCAUCCUGUGGAUCAUUGGCGAGUACUCGCUCGAUGAGAAGGACAUCAGGGACGCGUGGAAGGGUAUUCGGGCUAGCCUUGGCGAGAUCCCGAUCCUGGCCUCGGAACAGAGGUUGCUGGACAACUUGGAUAGUGAGGAGAACAAGGAAGAGGAACAGGUCAACGGGCACCCCAAGCCGGCCGCUGGCGGCUCUCGCAAGGUCCUUGCCGAUGGCACGUAUGCCACCGAGACUGCCCUGACAAGCCAGUCCGCCGCCGCGGCCAGGCUGGAGGCUGUGAAGGCAUCCUCCAAGCCCCCGCUCAGGCAGCUUAUCCUAGAUGGGGACUACUAUCUCGCGACUGUUCUGGCGGCGACUCUCACAAAAUUGGUGAUCCGGCACCACGAGAUAUCUUCCGAAGCUGCGCGUACCAACGCUCUCCGCGCCGAGGCCAUGCUCAUCAUGAUCUCCAUCAUCCGAGUCGGUCAGUCACAGUUCGUCAAGGCGCCGAUUGAUGAAGACUCCGUCGAUCGGAUCAUGAGCUGUGUACGGUCCCUCGCCGAGUUCAAAGAACACAAGGAGCUGGAGACGGUGUACCUUGAAGACACGAGGAAAGCGUUCCGCGCCAUGGUGCAGGUCGAAGAGAAGAAGCGUGAGGCGAAGGAGGCGUUUGAGAAGGCGAAGACGGCCGUCCAGGUUGACGAUGUUGUCGCAAUUCGCCAGCUGUCGAAGAAGAAUGCCGUCGACGGGGCAGAUGCCAUCGAACUUGACUUGGAGAGGGCGGCCGGCGGCGAUAGCACCGCUACUGAGGACCUAUCAGGCAAGCUCAGCCGCGUCGUGCAGCUCACGGGUUUCUCAGAUCCCGUGUACGCCGAGGCAUAUGUCAAGGUCCAUCAAUUCGAUAUCAUCCUCGAUGUGCUGCUCGUCAACCAAACCACCGAGACGCUGCAAAACCUCACGGUUGAGUUCGCGACGCUCGGCGACCUUAAGGUGGUAGAACGGCCAACGAGCCAAAACCUCGGUCCGCAUGACUUCCACAACGUACAAUGCACAAUCAAGGUAUCAUCGACCGACACGGGCGUCAUCUUUGGCAACGUCAUUUAUGAGGGUGCACACUCAACUGACACCAACGUGGUCAUUCUCAACGACCUGCACGUCGACAUUAUGGACUACAUCCAACCGGCGACAUGCUCGGAGACGCAGUUCCGCACCAUGUGGACGGAAUUCGAGUGGGAGAACAAGGUCAACAUCAACAGCAAGGCCAAGACGCUCCGCGAGUUCUUGGACCAGCUCAUGGCUUGCACCAACAUGAACUGCCUGACGCCGGACGCCAGCUUGAAGGGUGACUGCCAGUUCCUCAGCGCUAACCUGUAUGCCAGGAGCGUCUUUGGCGAGGACGCGCUAGCCAACCUGAGCAUCGAAAAAGAAGGCGACGACGGCCCGAUCACGGGUUUCCUGAGGAUACGGAGCAGGUCGCAAGGUCUGGCCCUCAGCCUGGGCUCGCUCAAGGGGCUGAACAAGAUCGGUUCGGUCGCCGCGUAA